UUCACGCUAACACACAAGCUCACUUCACAACACCACAAGAUCACAGAACUCCAUUACCAGUCGAGGCUCCCAGUGGCUCUCAGGAGUUUUCUUACAGGAGGGGAGGUUAGAUAUGUCUAGGUUUCGCUCACUAUUGCAAGCAUCGUUGAAUGCUACAAGAAGAGCACUCGCGUGGAACAUUGAAGACCUAGUUCCACCCAGUGAAAGAUACAUUUUCAACUUUAGUUCAAAGGAUGAGCUCAAGAAUUGGCAUUUAUACUCAGAUUCAGAAUAUGGAGGUCUAUCCUCAGCAGCUUUGGAGAUUAAGGACACUGGAAAUGGGUCAACUAGUGUUGGUCUUUUCUCUGGAAACCUCUCUUUGGAUGUUAUGGAAGGAUCAAAGUGGAAUAUGACUCGAAGUGGCUUUUGUGGAAUGCGGUCUAAAAAGUUUGAUGGCUUCAUUGAUUUGGAUGGAUAUGACACAAUAGCUCUUAAACUUAAAGGGGAUGGAAGAUGCUAUAUUUCUACAAUAUACACAGAGAAUUGGGUCAAUAGUCCAGGACAAGAUGAAGAUAAUUCAUGGCAAGCAUUCGUUUUUGUGCCAAAAGAUAACUGGUAUAUUGCAAAGAUCCCACUUACUCGUUAUGCACCUACAUGGAGAGGGAACAUAAUAAAUGCAAGGAUGGAGAUGAAUCCAGCUCGAAUCGUUGGUAUGUCUUUAUCUGUCAACGCAGAAGGUGGAGUUCCAGAUGCGAAGUCUGGUCCUGGUGAUUUUGGAGUUGAAGUUGAUUGGAUCAAAGCCUUGCGGAUGAUGCAGUAAACAAAAGUGGAACAUUAUAAAGAAUGAUUGUAAAAGACCAGGACCUUUGAGGCAUCCAUGCUUAUCGGUUGAGCAAAGAUCGCAGAAAUGCUAGCUACAGAGUUGGUAUUUUUGAAGUCAUCAAUCGGAGAUCGGAGAAGUAGGAGAUACAGGUUCGUUUUCUAUGUACCUCAGGAAAGGAGUGAAAUCUUACGAUUCACUUUGUUGCUUAAAUAGACUCUACAACAGUCUACAUCACCAAAGUUUAAAUUAUCAAAAAAAAUUCUCUUGUAAUAAAUUUGGCUCUUCAUUUUGAUUAUAUCCUUUGUCUUUUACAAGGUCUGGCAAUCAAAUAUUUCAGCAAUGUGCUAGUAAUCA